AAUUCAAACAGGUGUUAAUACAGUUGAGGUGAAACCGGUGUAUUACAGGAAACUUUACUUUAAGUUUUCUUCGAAUUGCGCACGCGAAAUGCAACGUAGUGUCUUGCCGCCUUUAUAAAUAACCGUCAUUGUGAAAAUGGAGGCCGCAGCUUUAGCAAUGCAGUCAACUGGUACUCUUGAAGAUCUUUUCAACAAGGUCAUAAAUGGUAAAACUUUGCAUUUAAACAUGGAUGCGGUGCUUCCAAUACUUUCCAACGAUUUGAGGCUUAAUUUGGGGAUGGUUUCGCCUGCAAUGAGAUGUGUGCUUGGGGAGGCGUUAUGUUUCUUCAUGACAAGAUGGCCCGGGUGGUGCACCGCGGAUAUCAAAGACCCAUCGUUGAAAAAUGAAUGUUUUGAGAAGUAUCAACGUUAUCUACGCGCAAAAUUAACGUUUAUUCUUAUGAAUCAGCGUCUUUUCCGUAAUCACGCUCAGUUUACAAAAAGGGAAACGUCUUCCGAAGAAACUCAAAUGGAUUCAGCAUCAGGAAGUCAAGAAGUCAGUCCUUCUUUUAAUGUGGUGUUGGGGGAACCGCCAAAUGUUUUAAGUGGAUUGAUUGUUGCUGUGGAGAAUGAUGACAUUGUAAUUAAGAUGCAUACUGAAAAGCCGUGGAAUCCCCUGAAAUUAACCUCAAUGGCUUCCUUUCUUAAUCACCCUUAUGUUAAAUACACUAUCAAUUUACCAAACGUUCAAUUGUCUCGGUCGAACCUCCACGAAUUUAAACGCUACUUAGUCGAUACAGAAUACAUCGAUAUUUAUAGCACAGCAUUUUUUAAUAGCGAGUGUACCAAGAUAUGUCCUCACACUGAACCUAAAGUGUAUUCAUACAAUUUUAUGCUGUAUUAUUUUAAACAAUUAACAUCCAUCAUGGCCCAAUAUGUUGUUAAGAACCAUGAGUUAAUUCAAAGCGUCCUUAUGGGCUAUUUACAAGACAUUCAAGAUUGCAAUUUGCAAGGGGGCACAAUGGCUUCACCUUUUAAUGUAACUUUUAAUAUUGGAGGAAAAAUUUACUCCCGUAGCAGAAAAAUUGAAGAUUCCAGCACCAAAACGGAAGUCACUUUUUUGGAAAUCUUAAUUCCAAGAGUCGAUUUUUCACUCACUGAAUUCAAUGUUGAAGAAGCCAAACGCACUAGAAAGCCUUCAUUCGUUGAUUUAAACAGAAUUCAUAAACUACCUAGAAAGCAGCGCCAAACGAUUUUAUGCACCUUUGCUAAUUGCCUAACAUUAAGUUGUACCUUGUGCAAGAAAGACUUUCAAGGCGAAUCUUGCGACGCGGAUUGUUUAGAGCAUUUCCAAAGUUGUCAUAAAGGCGAAGAACCAGUUAAAUGUGCUAUAUGUCAACAGGUGUUCGAUGUAAUGAAUUUGGCAGCAGCGCGAUGGCGCCAUGAUUGCCAAAUCCCUCAAAAAUCGUCUCAAAGUGAUUCAAAUACUGGUGGAGGAGGGUCCUCAUUGGGUGACAUGGCGCAUAAAAUGAAACAUUGCAAUAUUAAUACAAACUAGAACUUAAAAGCUUAACUAAAAUGGUAU